AUGGCUGUUGGCAACAACCCUACUCAACAUGCCCGCGCUGCCAACGAACAUUCCGCGAUGCUAGGGGCCACUCACAGAUCAUUCUUACGGAACUCACUCGUUCCGUUGUGCCUUACGGGCUCUCUCUCGAACCCAACCAGCAGCCGCGCGCAGAUUGGCCUCGGCGGUCAUCUUCGCACCCAGUGCACCAACCGCCUGACAACCGCAACUGCUGCCUCCACGACCGCAUCGACCACGACGGUGCCCGACCUCACCACCGUUGCCCCCAAUCCCCGUGCACCACCACUGUUGAUCACCGCUACCUCCAUCUCUGCCACAAUUACUGCGGCGACGACGGACAAAACCACCUUCAUCACGUCCACCACCGACCGAAAAACUCCUGACGUCCCGUCAACCACCAACACCAUCACCAUCCCCACCUUCGGUGAUGUGGGCCCGGUCACAACCUGUCCUGGUUAUGAUCGCACAUUCACCCUACGCAAUGGCCUGGUUGGUCACCUGCGGUUACAUCGCAUUGUGACCGGUUCAUCAGGGUGCAAGCACCUGACAUACACUCGCCUCCUUUGCCGGCAAUGUAUCUGUUCAAUGACUCAUCGCAGUGGUCUAUUCGACCACAUGCGCACCCACAAAAGCGGAGCUCGCCGCGCUAUCGACACCACAAACACACGCUGCAUACCAAACAACGUUACCAUAUCCGGCAACUAG